CGUCAGAUUCAGUAGUUUUCAAAAUGUCCGAAUGUCUUCGGUAAAACUGUGAGCCGCAAGUUCUUUCGUUGGUUAAGUUAAGCUCAAAAUUAAGUUGCUUGAAUCACACUAAUACGCAAAACGGUCGCUAUGAAUAAAAAAGAGUCGAAGGACUCCACUGUAGUGUCGCGGGAACCGAUUCAGGAAGUUUUGAAGAAUUUCUGCGAGUCUGUUGAUAGCCAAUAUGGAAAGCGGAAUUCUCCAGCGACUUUAAAAUGGACAGAUAUUCAUAUGCUCUCCACUGCGUUAUUAUCGGUUCGAGGCAUCAAAAUUCAAAAGCACGAAGAGAAAUGUUUCAUUAACUAUGUGAUGGAUUAUAUCGAGCUUGUUAUGUACUUUAUCUCAAGCUAUGAAUCCACGGAAUUGAGGAAGCAAAUUAAAUCCCUUCAGACCCUUCUCGAUUUUAUUUCGGUUUUUUUCAACGAGACUGAUAUAGCAAAUACAUUCAUUAGAAAUGUUACCAUGAAGGUUUUUGACUUAUUUUUGCACUGCUCGUUCUCCAACAUCAGCAAGAAGGGGCUUUUAAGUGUUUAUAAUCGCAUAGCUGGCAAAUCAAGCAAAGAAGUGCGCGUGAAUACCGCGGAAAAGGAAAUGUUUUAUAUGUAUAAACUGUUGGAUUCUCUAUGUACGUUUGGAGACUAUGCGAUACAAGCCGAUGUACUGGAAACAGUUUUUCGACUUUACGGAGCGUUCUUUCUCAACAAGAAAAUCAAAUACGAUCUACUGCCGGGGUGCAACGAAUUAAGCAAAGCUUUGCUUACGGAAAUAUCUAUUAACACUUUUGAUGCCGAUGUUAGGACGUGGCUAAACAAAUUUAAUCAAGAUUCCAAGUUGCUCUUUUCCAUCCCAAUUCAGUCCUUGAUGUUUGGCAAUUUUUCCUGCAAAUGUCCAGAUGAGGGUGAAGGGAGAAGAUGGUUGGAUUUCAACAUUAUAGAGCCGAUGGUCACCUUUUUCACAGAGGACGAGGAUAUUGAUAAUUGGAAUCGUAUUUUCAUACUUCCGAGUCAUGUACAAAAGGUCGAAAUAAAAAGAAAAUUUUCAAUGGAUGAAUGUACAACGACUAUAUUUAUGGAAAUGUCUAAGCCUUGUCUCAGCUACUCGAUGACGGCUCAAAAAUACAUGGAUAACAUGGACAGGAACGUAAAAAUCAUUAUCAGCAACGACGAGAAAGAAAAAAUUACCAAAUUAAUUUCGCACGUUUUGCCACGCCUAUUUGGAGCAAGUUUUGUGCACACCUCAGCUCGAAUCUCAAAUAAGAUUAAAAAAGUUUAUAAACCGCUGGGGUUAAAAGUCUCCAGAUUAACAUCGUCAAGUUCAGGGUCUUCUUGCAAGCGCCAGAGCAAUGAAGGUUCAUCCUCUACACUGAAUGUUUUCAAGUAUUCGAAUUCGAAUUGCGAAAAGAUGGAUCAACACUUUGCUGUUGAGCCUUCUAAAACAACCAGUUCAUUGUGCCAAUUACUAUUAAAUGAAUCAAAGACUAGUUCGGGCAAGCAUUCAAAAGCUACAGUAUUAAAUAAAAAUGUGUUAGUAGAGAGCUUGUCAUGUGUCAUCACUGAAUACUCCGCUUGUUCAAGUCGAGAUAGUAUAAACUCAAAUGUUUUCUCCAUUGAUUCGAAUACGUACAAAACUCCAAGUAUGGCCGAUGACUCAGAAAUGCUUACUGAUUAUGGGAAACAAUAUCCGUCAGUUUCACUAAAGGACCAAAUUUUGCAACUUAAACGUGCAUGUGGUUAUUCACCGUCAGCAAAUGAACAAUUAAUGAGCGAAGACGUAUUCUACUCUAUUACUGACGGGACGACCGAAGAAUACGAAACUGCAGUCGAACUUUCCGAGCCAAUGAAAGCAAUGAAAAUGUCGCAUUUCAAAGUUAUGGAUCUAGUUGAUUCGUCAAAGCCCAACGAAACAGAAAAAAGAUCUCAAAAUGUGUCCGAAACAAUAAGACAAAUGAGUAAUCCUCAACAAGCCCAUUCAAACAAAUGGUCUCUUAGUGUUUUGGACAAUCAAAAGUCUGCGAAACUUGCAUCGCAAAAUGAUAGCCCGAAAACAGACAAUCCGCCAAUUAUUGAUUGUCUGCUAGAGUCAGCACAAGAUUCUGAAUUAACGCAAGAUCUGUUUGAAGCUGCGGUUGGAGAAGAGAACGUUUCAACUCCCCAAGGAAUUGAUGGAAAUAAUUCUGAUUCUGAUUCCGACAUCUUUCAACGCACAACUCAAGUCUUUAGGCCGGCGGAACGGCACUCACCAGAACCUUUUACGGCGCUUAGUAUGAAAGUUAAUAUUGGCAUUCCCGAAAGGCAGGUUUCAGAGCAGAUAAUCCAGUCACAAUUAGUCAAAGCAACUCUUAUGCGUAAUAACACGACCGUCAUUGAAAAUGGGGUUGAAAUGGUUUUUAUUGAUUUAACUUCGGAUGAUAAUGACGAACUAGUCAUGGACGAAUUAGUCCUGGCUAAGGCUGAGAAAAGCAUACAUCCCAAAUUGAAUUGGGCAAGUGAUUUUGGGCAUAAUCUACCUAAGAACCCCUCAAGACUUAUUUCUGAGACUAAAUUAGCGUCUGUUCAAGAGGACUCGGUCAUAAACCCGGAAAAAUUUUCUAAACACAAAAAAAUCGCCCGUAAUCCUGCUGAAAGUCAGGCAUUUGAAUUGCUGCAGGAGAUGGAUUGUCGAACCUCUUCUGAGACUGUACUAGUUCAGAAGCCAGAAUUCAAUAAUGAAGAUAUUAAUAUCGUGCCUAAGCCUGAGAUGUCUUCAACUUCGGAUUUUGUAAAAAAUGUUGUGGAACAAGAUAAUUCGAAGCCAAAAAUACAACGAGUUGCUAAAGUGAAAAACACAAAAUCGAAGACUAAUGAGAGGAAAAUUGCGUUGAAAGAAAAAGCAGAUUCUGGAAUUCCGGAUAGUACUAAAGAACCACAAUGUCAUGUUUUGUUGGAUCAAGACCCGAAAGAAGACAUCGUAAAACCAAGAGUAGAAGAGCUUGAAGAGCAAAAGUCAACUAUAACAAAAUCUAGCCGUGAAAUUGCAUUAGAAGAUAAUUUAGUCAUUUCUGCAGUAGCGGAUGUAGGAAUACAAGAGAGCGUUUUGCCAGCCGACAAGCCAACUCCAACAUCGGAUGAUGUUAAAGAGCAAACAGUUAGCCAAGCGAUGUCUGAGAAGAAAGUAACUUUAGAAGAUUCCACCGAUAACGCAAAUUUAGCACUUCGGGAUACCAAAACCAACCAGGAUUCCAAUUCUCAGGUUUCAGCCAAUUCAGUUCAGAACAGAACCUCAGUGUUAAAACAAGUUAUGGACGGUGCCAUUCCAAAGGCAAGUUUAGAAGACCUUGACGAGAAAGAAAAUCAGAUGGACAAGAACAUCAACACUGGAACAGAAGCUAUAGUGCGGGAAAAUGAAGUCGAUCAUGAUUUAAGUCCACAGAUACCAUCGACUGCUCCUACUUUGCAGGAAAAGCACAUGAGUCUCGAAAGCAAUAAAGAGAAGAGGGCGAUUAACGUGUCGGAACCCAAGUCGAAAGAUCGGUCAGCACAGGGAAUCACUAGUAAAGCUUCUAAUAAAUUACACACGACGAAAUUGAAUCCUAAGGCUGAAUUAAUAAAAGAAGGUAAGGGUCACCAAAUCAUUUCGAUGGAAGUUUUACCCAAGAAAAUAAAGAAAGCGAAGCCAAAAGCUAAUAGUACGAAGAAAAAAAUUAAAACUAUACAAAGAUUCCCUCAGCCUGAUUUUGAUAUGGCACAGGAGCCGGACGGAAUAAAGAACAAAGAUACCAAAGCGGAAAAUUUGGCAAUAACCGUAGAAGAAAGCAAACCCAAACGCGCAAGAAAAACGAAAUCCAGAAAUACCAGUGAGCCCGCAAAGCCUCCAAAGUGUAAUAAUAAUAAUUAUCUGCAAAUGGACAACAUUGAAGGAAUUACCGCUGCUCAGAAAACUGACUCUAAAAUGGACGAAGCAAACGAGUUAAAAAUUGAAAAACCCAAAAAGCACAGUGGAAUCAGUGAAAGAGCAACUGAAUCAGAAAGUUUCCCUAAAGCCGAAAUACAAGCGAUUGAACCUGUAGCGACUACCUGUAACGGGCUGGAUAUAACUGAGUCGAAAAACUGCGUAGAAACCAAAUCGGAAGAUAAAGCGAAAGAAAAAACAAAGAAAAAUGCAAAGCUGAUAAACAUUUUGAACGUCCAGACGUUUAAGCUUCCUCUGCAGUUUAAGAAUACAUGCGCGAUAAACGCGGAUACCGUUGAUUCGCAAAAAGCACCUGAAGUUGAGAAUCUACUGGCAGAACCGAUUAUGGAAAUUUCUGCAAAAGAGCCUUUGCAAAGCAAUGCAAUUACAGGUGUGAACGACAACUUUCCAACAUCAGUGGUUUCCAACAGCAGUAUUGUAAAGGCAAUGGUACAUAUGAAUGCUAAUGGAGAGAAAGAAGCAGCAAUAAUAUCAAGUACACCAAUCGAGAAGCCCAUACAUAAUUGUGAAACUUCAAAAAUUCCGCUAGUCGAUUCCGAUCGCAAACCAAAAACGGUAGAAUGUCCACCAAAGAGAACGUUGUUCAAACUUGACAGUUACUCCUAUUUGGAUCAAUUAGAUUUGGACGCAUCGUCUAGCGGCGACCUAUUCACUCCUUUGAGCCACAAACAAAAUUUCACCAAAACAUACGUGAAAAAAACAAUACAAAAGAACACGGUGAAGCAAAACACCAGACCGAAAUCGAACAAACCUUUGUUUGGUUUAGAGCCCAUUAAGCAUAAAGGUUUUCAUGCACUCUUUAACGAAUCGCGUCGUAAGCACCUGCAAGCCGCUUAUACUUACGCCAAUCAAAGUACUUGUCAAAAUUUGGAUAUCGCUGCCAGAUGUGAAGCUAAUUAUUCAUCCCCAGAUAAACGCGACAUUUAUUUGCUAAAUAAAUCGGAAGCGUCAACCCCCGAAUUCAGUACAAGUCCUUCAGACCAUUACGAUUGGCCUGAAAUAGAUGUUGAAGAUGCAAAAGGGAAAAAAAUCAAUAUUAUUCAGAAUAUUGCGCUAAAACGCAAGUCACCCAAAAAUUGUAUUACUCAACCCCAGAAAAGGAUGAGACUUGAUGACGAAAUUUUACCAACAUUUAAUGAAAUCAUUCCAUCUCCUCCCAAAGAACUCCAGAAUGCGGAAGGCUCUGUUCAUGCUAAAGAUGUUGGCUUUUCAUUAAUAAAGCAAAUUCUGGAUUUAAUGUACAAUAAUCAGGUCGACUCAUUACAAAAAUUGAAACGUUUGUCGCUGCUGUCAAAUAGAAUUUUGAAGGAAAAUAAUGCUAUUUAAGUACAUAGUUUUAAUUGUUGUAGUUACUGUUCAAAGUUACUUUUAAAUUAUCAUAUACUAUUUUUAAGUUAAGUUAAAUUUAUUUUUCCCAAAAUUCAUAAGAGACAGUACUAUAGAAAAUUAUUAUAAAUGUUUAAAAGUAGCUAGCUGUUUGAAAAAAUAAAUUAUGUUUUAUUGAUUAG